GUUUCCGGCGUUCCCUGUUCCUUUAUUCGCAGGAUUGGUUUAUGUUGUUCCGUGUUCCUCAUUUAUUGUUAAUUGCGGGAAUCAUAUUGUAUCCAAAAAAUAAGAAUGUUUGCGCUGAGUGAUUGUAAAGUCCAUUGUAUAGUCUCUGACUAAUCUAUCUCUCAUGCAUUACGGAUGCGUGAUGAUUUAACAAGAAGUAUAAUGCUUUUAGCAUUUUUUGCCGUAUGGUGCUGGUGCCCAUUCAUCGUCUGACAAGGCGUCUCCUAGGCUUCCUUGCCAUCGCAUUAGCCCUUGUUGCCACAUGCUUUCUAAUUGAGCAAAUGCGCCACAUCUAUCACCAGCAUUUAAAAUUCGGGCGUCUUCAGACUUAUGGGCACUUUGUUGAUGAUGUAACCAAGGACAUGAUCAAACUGGAAAAUCUGGCUAACAAGUCAAGUUUGAGUGUUGACCAGUUAUUUAUCAUGUUAGGACAGCCACUGCCAACAAAAGAAGUUUCCUUCAAUUUUUCUCACAACUCAAAUAAUAUGAAUGACAGCCAAUCAAAUAGGUGACAUGACAUAAGCUGCCAGUAGUGGUGGGUCCAGAGACGGCCUCAGGGAGAGGGAGGGGCAAUGCAGCACUUUUUGCCUACUUCCAGGGGCAAAGUUGCUAUCCAGGGGCCAAAGGGUGGGGCGGGGGAUGUCAAUUGUCCUUUGCAUUCCUGCUGAAUCUGCUCCUGCCAGCAGCAGCAAUUCAUCAUGAGUUAUCGAAUCUGAAUCUCAAGCUGUAAUGGUGCAAAAUUUUUAGGAAAAAUAAAAGAGAAUUAAAAAAGUGAACAAUACAUGUCCUUAAGCAAUGAUCAAUGUUUAAAAUAAAAAAUUGACAUUCUUACUCAA